GAUUGUGUCAUAUGUUUAGGAAGAGGUUGAGUUGAGCUAUGCUAGAUGUCCAUGUUAUAGCAGUUCUAUAUGAAGUUUCUAACUAUAUUGUUACAUUGGCAGCACAUAAAUGUUGCAUUUGAAAUGCUAAAUUGUAAGAGGGUUGAGCAAGGUGCUUGGUUCCGCAACAACAAUCUUCCAGCAGCAUGCUUUGUACCAGUCGAUUUCUUAGAAGUGGUUGGGUACGCUUAUGAAUCUGUCAGGAAGCCACAUAAGAAAAAAAAAGUUAUUGGAGGGCUGUGUAGGCGAACUUGUGAAAGGUUUAAUACAUCCAAAGAAGGUAUGGCUGGAAGAUGUUGAUGUUAUAUAUGGUGUCAUUGAAGAUAAGUUGAGCUGUCACUAUAUUGGGGUGGAGAUACAAUUGAUGGACAACACAAUCACACUCUUCCAUUGUGGUCUUCCAAAAGCAAAUAUCAAACGUGCUCUUAAUCAAAUCCAAGAACUGGCAGUGUUGAUUAGUGCCAUAAAGAUGGAACUUCUUGGUGAAGAGGUUAAUUUCGAAGAUAUCAGUCCAUUUGAAGUUAAGUUUGCAGAAGGGCUUCCAAAGACAAAAUUUCCAUACAACUGUGGUAUUUUUGUUGUGAAGAUGCUGGAAUGCAGGUCACUGGGAUUGAAGAGCAUGGCUAAUAUAAAUGAUGAAACUGCGAUGGACUUACGAAGCAAGCUAUGUUGUGAGAUCUUCGACCAGUUUAUGGAUAAAGAUUUCCAGGAAGGUCAAAGGAAGUGA